GAGCCGAGCCGAGCCCGCCGUGGGCGCGAUGGCGUCGUCCGUGCGGCUCCCGCCCGAGAUCCAGCUGGCGCAGCGCCUGGCGGGCAACGAGCAGGUGAGCCGCGACCGCGCGGUGCGGCGCCUCCGGAAGUUCAUCGUCGCCAGGACGGAGCCGGCCGCAGGUGGUUUCACCCACGACGAGCUGCUGAAGGUGUGGAAAGGGUUGUUCUAUUGCAUGUGGAUGCAGGACAAGCCUCUGCUGCAGGAGGACCUGGCAAAGACCAUCUCACAGCUCGUCCACUCAUUUCAGACUACAGAGGCACAGCACCUAUUCCUUCGGACCUUCUGGCAGACCAUGAACCGUGAGUGGGUGGGCAUCGACCGCCUCCGCCUCGACAAGUACUACCUGCUCAUGAGGAUGGUCCUGCACGAGUCACUGAAGGCGCUGCAGAUGCGGGGCUGGGAUGAGAGGCACACGGGCCCCCUGCUGGAGCUCCUUGAGGCUGAGAUCCUGCACCCUGACAGUGAGGCCCCCAGCGGUGUGAAGAGCCACUUCCUUGACAUCUUCCUGGAAGAGCUGACCAGAGUGGGCGCCGACGAGCUGACGGCCGAACAGAACCUCCGCUUCAUCGAGCCCUUCUGCAGGGCCGCAGCACACACUGGCGACCCUGUAAUCCUGCACCAUGUCAUCUGUGGUGUCUUGAAGCCCAUCGUGGAGCAGGCCCCGCUGGCCAUCGAGGCCCUGAUGGAUGAGCUGGACACACAGGAGGCGAACGGGGACGAGGAGCUGGGCCAGCCGGCAGGUGGGGCAGAUUCUGACUUGGAGGAAGAGGAGAUGGAAGAUGAUGACGAUGGUGACAGUGACAGUGACAGUCCUGAGGUCGUCCUGCAGUUCGACUAUGAAGCUGUCGCCAACAGACUCUUUGAAAUGGCCAGUUCCCCGAGCACCCCGACCCUCAACAGGAAGCGGCUCUACAAGAUGGUCCGGAAGCUGCAGAACCUGGCAGAAGGCCUUUUCCCAGAGGACGAAGUUCCCGAGAAAGUCUACGAGAAGCUGCAGCCUGGCUGCCGGGAACGGAAGCGGAAGCGGAAGGGCCAGAAGCGCCAUCCCAGGGCUCAGGACACAGAGGAAGCUGGGCCGGAGGGCAGCCCUGGCAGAAAGGGGGCUCAGCACAAGCGCCGGAGGCCUGGGGCUCCCAGGAGAAGAGCAAAGGCCGGUGGUCAGGGUCCGCCAAAGAGGAAGAAGAGCCAGGGCGGCCGGAAGUGACUUCAACACAUGGAGGCUGCGUUUCUGCACCCUGGGACUGUGGGGGGUGGGCAGAGGCCAGCGCUUAGGGCCCGUUCUUCUGGCCACGAGUCCCCAAGGCCUCACACCCAAUACUCCCACCCAGCUGAGCCAGGCCCCCUGCACUGCUCUGAUGGCCAGGCGGACCAUGGACACAAGGAUAGGAGGCAUUUGUGGAAUAAAAUGCUGUACCUAUGCCA